CAUUUAUUUAUUUUUUGGUUACGCUUCUCUAAGCUGAAAUAUUUUUGCUUAAUUUUAAUUUUUAAAUUAUUUAUUGUUAUGUUAUCAUCAUUUACUUUAAUUUUGGCAUUUUUAUCAAUUGAAAUUUACAGUCAAAAUUCUUACGGACCAGCCCCUCCAGCCUACCCCAACCCUCAACCUACUCAACCUCUAUAUGCCCCCGUUCAAUCCCCGUAUGUCACAAACCCUCCAGCUGCUCCUGAAACUGGAUAUGGUGGAGAAGCAGAAAUUGGUCCGGCUGGCUAUCCCCUUCCUACUUGUUACACUAAUGCUGAUGGAUUUAUGUGUUGUAAUAAAGAAUUGGAGAAUUUAAUGGAUAAUACAUAUCGGAAUUUAAGUCGUUCACGUGACGGCAAAUGGAAACCUUGCAAUUUUCACCAAGUUAGUUUCUUAAUAAAACUUGAAGCUUUGAAUAAAACUUGA